UGCACCUGUUAUCAAAUAUUUUUAAAUAAUACUAAAAUAUAUUUUGCAGUUUUCUUGUACCAUAAGAAUUUUUAAACAACUGAUUGUGUGGGAAUUUGUCUUUUAUUAUAACACAAUUCUGAGAUUAGUUUCCUCGUUAAUUCUGAGAAAAAAAUUAAAAAGUUGCUUGUUAAAAGUAAUCACAAAUUUUUGGAUACUAUGCUGGUUAAUGGAAGGAACUGAAAAGAAUAUAUGCAUUAUAAAGUUUAGUUCAUGCAUGUAAAAAAUGCGCAAUGAAAUAAUGAAGGAUAUUUCAUAAAACUGAAGUGUGUUUAAGACCUUAGUUUUGUCUACUUUUCUAGAAAAAGGGAGAUUUUUUCUUAUCUCAAAUUGAUUCUUGGUUAUUAAAAAAUCUGUGUGCCUUUAACAUGUCUGAUGCAACUUAUACAAACGAACUUUCUGAAAUCCAGAACACAGUUGAUACUAAAGCAAUAACUUAUUGUUAUAAUGAGAGUGUUUUUCCAAAAGAUCAUGUAACUACUCAUGAUCUCGUUCAACCCAGAAAUCUUUAUUGUUGUGAUAUAUGUAGUAAAAGUUUUUCACAUAAAGAACGUUUAAUUAGACAUAGUUUUGUACAUACUGGCGUAAAACCUUAUUCUUGUGAUGUAUGUGAUAAAAGUUUUUCUCGAAAAGAUUAUUUGGCUAAGCACUGUCUUGUUCACACUGGUAAAAAGAAAUUUACUUGUAAUAUAUGUCAUAAGAGUUUUUCGACAAAUUGUACUUUAACUGCUCACUGCCGUGUUCAUACGGGUGAAAAACCAUAUUCUUGUGUUAUAUGUAAAAAGAGUUUUGCGAAUAAACGCACUUUAACUAACCACAACCUUGUGCAUGCUGGUAAAAAAUAUUCUUGUAACAUAUGCAAUAAGAGUUUUUUAGAAGACAGUGAUUUAAAUGAACACUACAAUAUCCAUGCUGAUGAAAAACCCCUUUCUUGUACGAUUUGUAACAAGAAAUUUUCAACAGGUACUAAAUUGCUUAAACACUGUAUUGUUCAUACUAAUGAAAAACCUUAUUCUUGUACCAUAUGUAAUAAAAGUUUUGCUUUUAAGCGUAAUUUAACUAGACACUACUUCGUUCACUCUGAGGAAAAACCUUAUUCUUGUAGCGCAUGUAAUAUGAGUUUUUCUCAAAAAAGCUAUCUAACUAAGCAUAAUCGUGUCCAUUCUGGUGAAAGGCCUUAUUCUUGUAGUGUAUGUAAUAUGCGAUUUUCUCAAAAACAUUAUCUGACUAAGCAUUACCGUGUUCAUUCUGGAGAAAAGCCUUUUUCUUGUAGUGUAUGUAAUAUGUCUUUUUCUCAAAAAAGUCAUUUAAAUGUACAUAAUCUUGUUCAUUCUGGAGAAAAACCUUAUUCUUGUAGUAUAUGCAAUAUGCGUUUUACUCGAAAAACUCAUUUAAAUGCACAUAAUCGUCUUCAUACAGGGGAGAAGCCUUAUUUAUGUAGUACAUGCAACAUGUGUUUUAAUAAAAAAAGUAAUUUAAUUCGCCACAACCUUGUUCAUUCCGGUAUAAAACCUUAUUCUUGUAGUGUAUGUAAUCUGAGUUUUUCUCGCAAAAGUCAUUUAAUUGCCCAUAAUCAUGUUCAUAGCAAUGAAAAGCCAUACUCAUGUAGCAUUUGUAAUAUGAGUUUUUCUUUUAAAAGUAACUUAAACGCACAUAAUCUUGUUCACACUGGUGAAAAACGUUAUUCUUGUAGUAUAUGUAGUAUGCGUUUUACUCGAAAAAGUUAUUUAAUUAAGCAUAAUCUUGUUCAUGCUGAUGAGAACCCUGUUCUUUCAGAUUCAGUUAAACCUGAACCUUUUUAUUGCUUUUAGAUCUUUUAUGUUAAUUUCAUAAUAGUUCUUCAAAUAUAUUUAAAUAAGGUGGUGUAAAUAUGGUGAGUAAACUAAGUUAGAUGCAACUCCAAUAUGUUGCUUGGUACAACUUGAAGCUAUAUUUUUAAUCAGAAUUUUUCCAUUGAAUUUUUGAAGAGGAUAGAGGAAUGGCUGCGACGUGUCUAACGUUCGAUGGCUCACCUAUUUAUACAAUAACUUUCUAUCAACAAUUUAAAUAGUAAAUUAAAUUGAGGAAUAUCAAUUGAACCUAAAUAUAAAUAUUAUUGAUUUUAAAAAAAAGUCUUAACUCUCGAAACUCUUGUGAUUCUUCCACGGAACUCCUUUUAGGAAGCGCUUCUCAUUAACUAAUAUUUUAAUGUAAAAUGUGCACAACUUUGGAACUUUUUUUCUUCUUCUUGUCUAAGCAUUGUCGGUUUCAAAGCUGUUAAUUCAAUCACAACAGUGAUCAAGCUGUGUGGUUUCUUCGAAAAUUAUUGAACUGAUUGUUUGAUUUUGAUUACAGUAUUAUAUGGACUUCUGUAGCAACAAUAGAUUUGUCGUGGGUCUUGUCAAAGAACCACUAAAGUUUUGCCUUAAUAUAUAACUUGUAACGUCCUGGUGAUUAGCAUGAGCAAAAUCACGAAAGAAAUGAAUAUAUGUAAAUUAAAUAGUCCAUUUUAUUCUCUAUAUAUUCAGAACAGAAAUUUCUUGUUAAUUUUAAAAUUAUAUUUUUUGCUAUCAUAAAAAUUUGAAUUUGGUUGUAAAAUGCAAUAUAGAAAUUUGCAUAUUCUAGAGCAUAAAUUAAUGAUCACAACAAUUUCAACACAUUUGUAUAAAUGUUUGCCAUUAAUGAUACCAUUCCUUAUUUAUGUGCACACUGUAUGUAAACAUAAAUAAAAAAGUUAUUUGAA